UCGCAACCAAAGGAAUUUUACAGAGCUGACAGGUGAUUCGUUCAGAGAUAUGGAACAUUUGGAAACACUUGAAUUAUCUCGUAGUGGCUUACGGCACAUAGCAGAUGAUGCCUUUUUGGAAACUCCGAACCUUUUUCAGAUAGAUUUCAGCAGAAAUAAGCUAGAGACGUUGCCAUGGAAGCCCUUCAAAAAUAUUAUCAACGCAUUGAAAAAACUGGAUGUCACGGGCAACCCACUACUUUGCGCUUGCGCCAUAUAUUGGCUGGUUCCCAAGAACCUUCCGAGUCAAGUUUCGAUUGACUUGGGCACGCCGACUUGCCGGGACCCGACUACAGGCCAGCUUACUAACCUGGUAGACAUUACCGAACCAAACGGAACGUGUACUUUACCCACCGCGCGAGUGAGUCAACACAACUUUAUCUUCAACAACACCGGGGAGUUCGAGGUGACUUGCCGGGCCACGGGCGGGCCGGCCCCACAGAUCGAGUGGGACACGAGGCAGCUUGAGCGGGACGGCAGCAUCAGCAACUUCACGGUGGUGGACCAGCCUGACGGAGGCAGGACACUGAAGGUGUCAGGAGCGACGGGGGAGGACACUGGAAAGCUGGACUGCACCGCCUCCAACGAGAGAGGACAGAAUGUACAAAGCGUCCGUCUAGUCAUACAAAGUAAACCACAAAUUAUUACUUUGGAACUGAGGAAGUCAUUUCACGUCUGUAUAUACUUUGAAGUGAGGGGAAUUCCUCAACCAAACAUCACCUUCUACAAGAAUGACGUCUUCUUCAUCUCUGAUGGGAUCAGCACCAAGAACGAAGACUUCUUGCAGCUGUCGCCCUUCCAAUCUGAACCGCUGAGUAACUCCAUGGAGGGCUGCUUGUACUUCAAGACCCCUUCGCAUGUGGAUAACGCUAAUUAUACACUUGUCACCACAAACCUACUGGGUAAUGACGAGAAAGAACUUCAAGCCAUCUUCAUACCCCACCCUGUGAAAAAGAUCGAUGUUAUCCCCGAUGAUCGGGAAAGUCCGAUCCCAAACGCCCCCAUGAGUUCCGCACUGCCCCCUUCCGUCUCCAUUCCCACGGAAUCUACCUCACUCAUUACAAAAGUGACCAUUAUUUUGGUGGUGCUAAUCGUGGGGAUCCUCCUGGCUAGUGGCGUGGGCUACAAGUACCGCAAGAGUCGGCAUCUGUACCGGGGCAUCAACCAGGACGGUACGGCGGCUCCCUUUAGCGUCAUGAACUUCAUGGAGAACGGCCGAGGGGACAAGAGUGAGAUGGUCAGCAUGAUCCCCAACCCCAACUACCUACCUAGGAAUGGCACGGCUGUCCACCACAUCAGUCGGGACCAGAUGCGCUUUUUAGGCGAGCUAGGAGAAGGAGCAUUCGGCGUCGUAUGUCUGGGAAUCUGUGAGAACUUGCCGGCAGAGGGCGACGUCACAAUGGUUGCUGUUAAGACCUUGAAAGACGCCUCCAUCGGCGAUGCCAGGAAAGACUUCGAGCGGGAAGCGGAGCUUUUGACCAACCUACAACAGGCAAACAUCGUGACCUUCUACGGCGUCUGUAUGGAGAAGGAGCCAUUCCUGAUGGUCUUCGAGUACAUGGAGAACGGUGAUUUGAACAACUUCCUCAGGUGUCGUGGACCGGACGCUGAGUGCCUGGGCCUGAGCAAGAACCCCGCCCUGCUCCCGCUGACAGUCAACGAGCUGCUCUUCAUCUCCAAGCAGAUCGCGUCCGGUAUGAUGUACAUGGCUUCCCAACACUUCGUCCAUCGAGACAUGGCCACCAGGAACUGCCUGGUGGGAGAUAAGCUGGUGGUCAAGAUAGCCGACUUCGGCAUGUCGCGUGAUGUAUACAGCACGGAUUACUAUAGGGUUGGUAGCCACACCAUGCUACCGGUCCGUUGGAUGCCACCAGAGAGCAUCAUCUACCGGACUUACUCCAUCGAGAGCGAUGUGUGGAGCUACGGCGUGGUCCUGUGGGAGAUCUUCGAGUACGGCAAGCAACCUUGGUACGGACUCUCAAACCACGAGGUGAUCGAGUACAUCCACAACGGUAUUCUUUUGGACUGCCCGAAGGCGUGCCCCAAAGAGGUCUAUAAGGUUAUGCUGGGUUGCUGGCAGAGGCAGCCGCAGCAGCGACUGGUCAUCAAAGAGGCUCAUGAAGCUAUUACCAGAUUAUCUGAUGAGAACCCGCCAUUCGUCGACAUGACCGGCAAGAAUACAUUCGUGUGAGUUGGAGGUCGCUACAUACUGAGAAGUUUUACUUCUCUCCGCGGAUGCAGACUGCUUCAUCUAUGGAGAUUAUAGGAGAAACGUACUUUGAUCACUGAGCAGCUGUUGGACCGGAUUGAACCGGUGUCAUCUGGAUGGAACCGGUUCCGCGACUCUCACGCAGAACCAAAUUAAACUGGUAAACUGCAUAGUUUUGCCUCAGAAAAAUGACUGAUGGAUGAGACUGGUUCCGUGAAUUACGACGCUUGAAUAUUCUGGGUUUUCAGGUGGGAACCAGACAGAGAUUAUACUGUUGUAUCUUGUGCAGUCGCUUCCGAUUGGAUGUUUGAAGAUUCCUGUAAAUUCUUCAUAUUUUUUCCCCAGUUGCCGUUGGUAAACUAACGGGGGAAAUCAUUAAGUUGUUAAAUACAAUACUGUCUAUGCUUCUCAUAAUAUUUGUAUAUCUACAGAUCGGUGCUUAAAAAUAAGAAAAAUUGAAAGUCGUAUAAAAUGAUAGUCAAGCAGUUGAUUAUAAUGGAGUUUGUAUAAUGUUUUCAGUCUCUAUACCGUGUGUAAGAAAGCUAGUGAACCUACUUGUUAUAAUUGUUUACCUAUAUACGUUUGAUGGGAAGCAGUGUGUGUCUCAUAUAAUAUUACUUCGUGUUGUCACUGAUAUGAUAGUGAUACCAUGGAGUUAAGGUAAAACGGCUACACGUCUGUGCUGUGUAUGGUGGGGUUUUGUGUCAUGGUAUUAUACAUCUGUGGAUCAAAGAGACCAAACAAACCACUGACAUAACGAGACGUUUACGUGCUUACUUGAAUGUUCCCGUUCAGCAUGUAUAUGAAUCUGAAAGGCCAUGUCAGCAACAAGUCACUUUUUUUCGCAAAUUUAAUAUCGCAUCAAUUGUCAGACAAAAUGGUGACCCGAUGACAUGUCAGCAUUAAUGAUUCGAUAUUGUAUCGAAUUUAAAUUUAAAAUGGGUCAAACAUGUUCUUUAUUGAAAAUUCGAAGGAAAAAAAUCGAAUUGACAAGAGAUGCUUCUAUCGGUACGAGUGUUAUCCUGUGUCACACGGUGUCACUGCAUGAAGAAUACAAACGUCCUGUAUGAUUAAUAUAAGUAUACAUUCCAUUCUUAACCUGUGUUCCUGGUGUCGAGAGAACUAUAUAGAAUUUGUAAAUGUUAUAUAAUCAUUUCAUAGAAGACGAUACAUUGUUAAGCACCGUUACGAUUACCAUUCAAAUGGACUAAAUAAGGAUUACUAUACGACAGUUAAAUGUCUACGAGAGUAAGUUACAAAAAAUACUUCCAUGCGCUUCGCUGCUGCUUCACUACAUCCAUCGACCAAUUAUUCAAUGCGCCAUUCCUCCAUGCAUGUUUUUGAAGCAAAUGUAGCCCAUAUGCGGUUGUUCCAUGAUUAGCAUUGCCUCCAGAAACUGUAAAAAAACAAAACAAUAAUAACAAAAAUGUAAAAACGUGUUGUGUACAAAGUGAUGUAAAUAUAAAAAGUUAUGUGAAAAUAACACACUUGAGUUUUGUAAAACAUAAACUAUUUUUUCAGGGACCAAGAAAAAGUUCUUUUCUUUUCUUUUCUUUAAUAGAAAAUUGAUGCAAAUGGCUUUCAAAUCUCAUCAAAGUUCUAGUUUAUUUAAAAGAAUUGUCAUUACCUCAUCAGCCACCUGCUUCCUCUGUCUUUGUCUUCACAUCGAUAAACGUUUUGUUGUGUUGCUUUAUCGCAAGGAGGAUAUUUUUUUAAAAGCACCAUCUUGAACGAUUCACUCAAGGACUGUAUAUAGGCCUAUUAAGAUUGCACCCGCAAGCAAGGAUGUUGAAGGCUUGUACGUAAAACGUCACGGUGACGUCAAUACCGUAUGCAGAAUUUGAGAUAACAAAGAUUUUUUAGUGGGAAAAAAAUGGGAAGAUCUUUAAAACGUGAAGUUAAAGAGACAGCAUGCUUAAACUUGGCCUAUCUGCUGUCCAGUGUGACCCCAAAAAAGCAACCCUGAAACAUUUGCCUUAAAAAAACAAAAGGUGAUCUGUGAUUUUUUUAUGUUUGGAUAUCAGAUUAAAACUGAGAGCUUUGUCUUUCAAAUACUGGAAAAUUAUGAAAACAGCACAUUGGGUUGCUGACAAAAAUGCCAUUUAUGUAAUACAACUCCUUUUUGGUCCAUUCCAAUGGCAUUACCACAGUUAAGGGAUUUACACAGUACCAAUUUGUGCACGAAAUGCAUGUGGCGCAAACAACACGGCACAUAAUGUUAUGACAAGAGUACAAAUGAAUUUGAUGGAAAUAUCUUUUAUUUUUCCACCUGAACAGAUAUCUUGUUCUUUUAGUUCUAUUUUAAACCUUUUCAGCAUCAUAAAUUUGUCAAAAUAUUAAAGAAAUUGCACAAAAUGAAAGAUACUUGCUCAGUGAGCUUACAGUCACAUGUUUCACUGUUUGAAGCAUCAUUGGAAAGGAUGACAAAUCACUUCUUUUACAUAAUUGGCAUUUUCUCAGCAACCCAAUGUGCUGUUUUCAUGAUUUUUUUCCCAGUAUUUGGAAGACAAAGCUCUCAGCUUCAAUCUGAUAUUCAAAACAUAAAAAUUCCCCGAUCACGUUUUUGGAAAAAGGUAUAUGUUUCAGGGUUGCAUUUUUUUGGUCAGCCUGAAUAAAUGCACUUGUAUCUUCCUUGUUAAUUUCAUUAACAUGCUCGUAUUUUAUUCAGUUUUAUUUUAGACUUCUUUAUCGCGAGCUGCGUCAAUUCUUAUACAUAAUGAAAGAUGUCCCUUUGUAUAUGCGUUCGGUUUCACUCACUUUUUAUACGAAAGAAGUGCUGGCAACUUCUUGCUCAUGCAGAAUUUAAAAUGAUUUUCUCAUGCAUAUUUAGUUGCGGGUAGUGUUUUUUGUUGUUUCAUGUAAGGCUGUUAACGGAGCUGCAACAAAAACCUGAUAAGUAUUAAAUCCAUGCAACUCUAUAUUCAAUGUAUAAUUUAAUUAAUGUGUAGCUUUUUGGUGCAAAAGUAAGUUACAGUGUUUUACGAAAUGUUGCCCCAUCAGUUUAAAACUAAGUUUUCACAGCGUCCGAGACUUUAGACUGACGUGAAAGUCUCUGAGUCCGUAUUUUAUGAAGUAAAUUAAGGCUUUAAGUCUUUAUUUGACAGAUAUAGUUGUCAUUCUACCAAUGUCCGUGAUUGUUUUGGUUUGAAAAACAAAUUUUUGUUUCGUUAACGUAUAUUUGUUUUACUCGGUUUGUGCAACUGAUAUCAAUAGAUAUCACCUUUCCCGUGGUCCGGGGAUAAAGUAGCCGCUUUAAAUCAUAUAUAGGCCUAUAUAUAUAUUUUUUCUCUCGAUGCAAUGGUAACCCAAUAUACUUUUGCCGCAUUCUGGCCUUGGAUUGUCACGAUCGUAGGAAAAAAAACCUUUUCUUUUUAACGAAUAUAAUGUUCUUGCCUGGCAUAAUAUAAUGUUCACGUUAGCGGUGGUCACGUCAGCGGCGGAUAGAAAAAGAAAAAAAUUGUUUUGGCUGAAUGUGUUUUGUAUCUUUAUAGUCGUAUACAGUCGUUUAUCAGUCUUUUUAUUUUUUCUCUUGUUUGUGUAAAAAUAUCCAGCUUACCGUUGUGUAAUUAACCUACAUUAUUUGGAUGUAAUAAUUGACAGUAUAAUCGAUAAACCUCACAUUUUGGUUUCGUGUAAUGUAUAUAUUUAUUCAUAUGAAAGAUACGCGGUCAUGUGAGCACAAAUGUAUUUUUGAAAGAAAAAAAAAACUUUCACUGUACAAACAUUUGGUGUGAGACGUACACCACCAGUGUUAAGAGACAAAUUAUGGACACCGGCGUAAUUUUAACACCAAGUAUGUCACGGUGUAUUUUAACGGAAUUCAAGAUAUUGGUAUAUUACACAGUAUUUUGCGCUUCACCUUGUUCUAUAACUAACCGUGGUUAAAUGUUUUAUAACUAAUAUUUGUAAGUGUCACAAAAGUACGAGUAUCAAACAAAAUGAUAAAAACACGUUAUAUUUUCGUAAUUUACUAACAGGGAGAUUUAACAGGUAUUUAAAAGGUACGUGGAUGGAAAUUCAUGAUUAAAAAACGAUGUGUAACUGCAUGGUAAGCGUGUGAUUCUAUAAAUGGAGUUCCAUUUUUGAAAGUAGCGCAGGAAAACAGAGAAUGCUGAACUGAGAUGAUGCUACCCUAAACGAAUGUGUUUACAUGGUGUUUAGAUUUAAGAGGACAGUCUUGUGUCUGUAUUAAACCCAUGGGGCAGACAGCCUUGAGCGUUUCUGUACAAUCACUGCCAAGAAUCGUAUUUGCUGAUAGAUCUAGAUUUUGUUUUGGAAAACUACUUAAGGUCUGUCAUAAACUGUUAAACUGUAAGCUGAUGUAACCCUAUAGACAGUUGUCAAAGUUCAAUAUAGACUCAUAAUGUGUUGGAGAGGAAAGGACCCGGUCAUCAUGUACUUGUGUGUGUCGUUUAAAUAAAAUAUGUAUGCACUUAAUACAAAA